AUGACCCCAAUUGUUGUGACUCAGUUGAACUGUGCUGCUUCACAGUUCCAAGUUCAUCACUACAAUGCCUUUUGUCGGUUUGGUCAUAGGAAAGCUCUACCUAUCACUGUACCCUUGCUUAUUGCCCAUAUCUUUGACUCCGGUCUAAAUUGUAACGAAGAUAUGGCAUCCAUCUUCACCUACGACCCUGACCCACCUCGGGUCUCGUCCCCGUGGUCAACUUCGGGGUCGUCAACUCCCCAGGUGGUCGCAUCUGCUGGCCGUGAGCAACCUGCCCACUCACGCUCCGGAAACACUGCAUCGGAGGCCAGCGCAGACUUAUUGUCCGACUAUGGGAUUUCCAAACUCGAGCCCGAGCCCCAGGAGGGUCCUACCGAGUACAAAUUACACCUUCUGCUCCGGCCUAGGCGGUCUUAUCUCUCCAUGUCUACAGGAAUCCUAGUUGCCGGGUCUUUCCACCAUCGGGCGUCGGCACCCGCGUCGACGUCUCCGAGCUCGGAGUCGACUUUAAGGCCAAUGGCCGCCAGGUCAAGCCAAAGCCGCCAGCAACGACUCCAAGGGCUGACCACCCAGCUGUUGUGGCGCUUGCAGCAAUCUUCACCCUUCCAUUCAUCCACCACUUCCAAUCUCGUUGUUCCUGUUCUUCCCGAUGUAACAGCCAAAAUGGACGCGCCUUUCAAACCCGCUCGUUUGCCUCCUGGCCUCGAGGAGAGCCAAGGUGCGCUUUACGAAAUUGGUGUCGCAGACGAUGGUACGUUCGUAGGCUUGACUCAAGAUGAACUGGAUGAAAGUUUCGCCAAUCUGCGAACCAUGGCUGCCAGCCUGGGAUGUAAAGUUGAAAUUCUUCGUCGAGUAGUGGUUGGGAAAUGCGAAUGGUCUGAGAACUCGUCUUCCGAGCUGGGCGGUCCAGCACAGAGCCAUAAUGAGAGGCUUUGGGUUGCUGAGGCCUUGGUCAGUCCUGACUUGGACUUUUACAACAUUUCCCAGAAAAAGCCAAAACAGGGCCUGGAGGCUGCUGCGAACCCAGACUCAGAGGACACCCUAGCGUCAGAUGAGGAUUACUCCCACACGGAGCAGAUUCGAAUAUCACUUACAGGCCCCAGCACCGCCGGCAAGUCGUCUUUGCUCGGGGCCCUGACCUCCUCUGCACUUGACAACGGCAGAGGUAAGAGCAGGCUGAGCUUGCUCAAACAUCGCCACGAGAUUUCAUCUGGUGUCACCAGUUCAGUUGCUCAGGAACUCAUUGGGUACACAAAUGGCGCUUCGCCCAACGUUAACAAUUAUGCUUCGGGCAAUGUCGCUGGCUGGGAUGACAUUCACGCUGCAUCCCAAGGUGGUCGUCUGGCUUUCGUGUCUGACUUGCCUGGGUCUAUCCGAUACCUCAAAUCCAUGGUGCGAGGUCUAGUUAGCUGGGCCCCACACUAUGUGAUGCUGUGUGUUCCAGCCGAUUGCUCUGAUAAAACACCCGAUGACGAGCAUUCAGGAACUGAAAGAUCCGAGAUUGACACAUGCUUAGCAUAUUUGGAGCUUUGUCUCAAGCUGGAGCUUUCUGUACUAAUUGUCAUAACAAAGAUGGAUCUUGCGUCUCGCAGUGGACUACGAGAAACUCUCGCGAGGGUUCUGUCCGCGCUGAAAACAUCGGGACGACAGCCUACAAUGCUCCCUGCAUCGCCACCUGGAGAAAAACCAGUUGACCUUCAGCAUAUAAGCGAGGCUGACAACAUGCAAGCACAGAAGACGAUUGCUGCGGCUGAUGGGAAAUGGGCCCAUACCGUACCUAUCAUGCUUACCAGUGCGGUUGAUGGAUCUGGCAUUGGCAAGCUUCAUGCUUUCCUUCGCUCCCUUCCAAUCCCCGCACGGCCCUCGCAUAGGACUUCCUCUAUCUCCAAUGACUCCUCGUCUUCUCAGAGCGCUUCGAAUAUCUUUGACAUUGACGAAGUCUUUGCGAUCCCACCUUCUAAAGUCUAUUCCAUCGACUCUGAAAAGGGAGGACAAGAAAAUCGAGGCAUGGUGCUCUGCGGUCUAGUCCGAAGCGGAAGUAUUUCUAUUGGUGAUGAAAUGGUCAUUGGCCCCAUCCUGGUGGACACUUCCACCGAUCCAAGCCAAGAGGCCCAACCACCCGGAGGGUCGCUGUCCCGCAGUGGGCCCGGUUCGGGUGAUCAUCCGGCAUCCCUCCCCCAGAAUUUAUUGUCCAGCAAAGACCCGCAAGCAAAAUGGCAACGCGUGCGCGUUGUCAGUGUCCGAGACCUGCGACUUCCAGUUCGACGUCUGGUCGCCGACCAAGUUGGUACGAUAGGCAUCGAGCCAAUUGGAUAUUUGGACGAUGGCCGUUUACCGCGCUUCGGUCGAAUUCGAAAAGGCAUGGUCCUGUCGGAUUUGCAUAGCCAGGCUUCGAGUGAGGAUGGCACGUCGCCUGUUCCUGCUUUACUGUCGUUGCCUUUUCAUACUGGUUUCACUGCCACGUUCCGUUCGAGCGAGUUUACUGCUCUGAAUUCGCCGCCGCUUUUGUUGGGUGGAAACGCUAUAGCGUAUAUUGCCAAUAUUCGUACUACGGUGCGUGUGGUUUGCAUGGCUUUAGCCGGGACUGGGGAGGAUCUAUCUUCGGAGCCCCAUUCGCCCUCUGAGCCCGAGUUCUUCCGCUUCGAUGGGGAUUCCCACCUUCCUGGCGAGAAGUCUAACACCGCCGGCGCGAAUCGAGCAAUGGGAUCCAUUGAUGUUGAUGGGGCCGCUGAUGUAGACCAUCGCCGCCCUUCUGCAAUGGAUAUCAGCAAAGUUAUAUCUGGUUCCGGAUCUGCUUCGAGUGUUGGUGGUUCCAUUGCGCAAUCUUUGGAAGAAGAUGUAAAGAUCACAUUUGCAUUGGUUUCGUCUGUAGAGUGGCUUGAGCUCGGGAGCCCGAUUCUCGUCAUGCCUGGAACCUCGGUGGUUCCUGGGUCGUCUCAGGCUGGAGCCACCAUGGCAUCCAACCCUGGCUCUGGGUCUGGGUCUACGCCGACCACCAUGUCCGGGUUGGAAGGCUUUGUUGGUACGGUCUCGGACAUAGUUCUUGGACGGGUUCCUCCGCUGUGA